CGUCGACGCGCGCGUAACCGGGAUUCAAUUCACAGGAUGCUUCACACUUAAACACCUCUCCCACGGCCCUCCCCUUCCAAACCUUGUCCUCUGUGCAUGUCUACAUGUACCACAAAAAAGCAUCACAGAAGUAAUCUCCCCUUUUACAAACUCGUCCAUCAAUACAUGGAGUAAGACGACGACAUUCAGGAAGCUUGGAGAGAACAAAGAAGACGAGAAGACUGCGAGGAAAUCGCAGCAAUGAGGUCCAGAAACAGCCGUAGAAUUCGUUCAUUAUGUUGUGGGAGACAAUCUCUCAUCGUGGCGUGGUGCUUCUUGAGCACAGCCGCCGUCGCUGCAAAGGCUUCCACCACCAAUGUGUUUGCUUCGGAAGAACUCGGCUCUAAUCCAGGCCCAUCGAACAUUUUGAGAGACCGACAAUCUAAUACUCUCUUGAGAAAACCACGGCCCAACCAGUAUGCGACUCGCAUCAUUGGUGGCAGUUCCGCCAAAGAAGGGAGAUACCCCUACAUUGUUGCAAUUCUAACAGAAGGUGGCAGCGACUCCAUGGCACCAGCUUGUGGAGGUACCCUGAUUGCGCCGGAUAUAGUACUGACGGCAGCUCAUUGCAGAAACUCCAGAUUAAGGACAGUACACGUUGGGCGAUACGACCGAACCAACCCCAGUGAAAACUUUGAAUCAUUCACAAUUGAAGAGAUGAUAUCACAUCCCGAAUACAAGGAGGAUGGCUUAGAUCAUGACAUUAUGAUACUCAAGCUGUCAGGGGUAUCCAACACUCCGCCCGUCACGUUGAAUCGAGACCCAACAAUCCCCUCCUCGGAUGAUGACUUGCUGGUGCUGGGGUUUGGAGUGACACAAGUCGGAGGAGAUUUGUCAUUAUUUGCAUCUGAAACCAUGCAGGUGGGGAUCGUUCAGCAUGUCCCGAAUGAUGUUUGUGAUGCAGCCAGAUCACCGGGUAUUGAUGAAACCUACCAAGGGCGCAUCACAGAGGAUAUGCUAUGUGCCUGGGGAGACGGCGUCGACGCCUGCCAAGGGGACUCGGGGUCGGGAAUGAUUGCUCAGGGGAGAACCAUUGGGGAAGAUGUACAAGUGGGCAUUACCAGUUGGGGGUUUCGGUGUGCCCAUCCGGAUUUUCCUGGAGUAUACUCUCGCGUAAGCCAUCUUUGGGAUUGGAUUGCUUCCCAGGUGUGCUCAGUAUCCAGGGAGCCGCCGUUGGGGUUCAAGUGUCAUGCUAUGGCAGGCAUCAAUGGCCUCUUGGCGGGAUCUGGAACCAAUAAUGUGGGACAGCAAUCCACAACAUCGUCGUCUCAAUUGGUAGCAGUGACAUUGAAGAUUCGCUUCGAUAGUUAUGCUUCAGAAGUUGGUUGGACGCUCAAGGAUUCGAGUGGGAAGACUAUUGCUGCCAUGCCGUAUAACUCGUAUGAGGACGGUCGCACUCGAGCGAUUAGAACAUUCUUUAUACCGGAGGGGAGACAAUACACAUUUAUCAUUGAGGACAGCUAUCGAGACGGCCUGUGUUGUACGCAACCGGGGCACUAUGCAUUGGCAACGAGGAACGCGAGAGGGGAGACUAAACUGCUCAUUUAUGGAAUGGGAGACUUUGGAGCUGCCGAGGCCCAGAGGUUCGUGGUACCGACAGCUUCAAAUAGCGAUGGCAAUACAGACGAAGAAGAUGAUGGGGACGUCAUCUCUUCCUUGAAAUUGGACAAGGGAACGGUACCUAUGAGGAUACUGCUGCGACUAGAUGAAAACCCAACUGAGACGGGUUGGAUUCUUCAGCGAAUAGGAUUCCACACGGAAAUUGUUGCCAGAAUGCCAACUGGCGCAUAUACUGUAUCACAUGAACAAGUUAUUGUCGAGAUGGAUCUCGAGGAAGAUGAGCUCUAUCGUUUCGUUUUGUUGGAUGAAGGCGGCAACGGAAUUGAUGGUGGUCGAAUACGUAUAUUUAUUGGGCGUUUCAGUUCGCAAGGGAUAUCACCGCUUGUGUUCAAUCAUGAUGGUUCCUUCACUUCGUCCCUCGACCACACUUUCCUUGCCUCUCAAAGACAACUCCAACCUCCUGCCCCGCUCCCAGCCAGUAAUCACGACUUCUUGACAUUGGAAAUCAGAAUGGAUCUGUAUCCAGAGGAAAUAGGCUUCCAGGUUCGGGCCGACACUAUCGAGGGAGUAGUGGCUGUGCAGAAACGGGCAAGCGAUCUUAUCUUCUUCCGCCCUCCUAGGUUCUACAACGCCAGUCACACCAACCAGGUUGUACAUGAAACGAUUCCUCUUCCGCAAGGAGAUUCAACGUCUGUUCAUCAUUUCUCCUUGAUUAUGAUUGACGCCUCUGGAGACGGACUGUGUUGCAGGUGGCAAGGGCGCCUGAGAGGUACCGGGUAUGUACUUUUUCAUGGUGAUCCGAUAAAUGGUGAGAUUCUCGUCUCCAGUUCCUUCACCGACACCGCCAGAGAAGCGUACUCGUUCGGUCUGGAGUUGGGUGGAGUAUCAAAAGAAGAUGACCGCACCGAAAUUCAACCUGCGCUCAUCAACACAUCUCCAAAUCCCCUCGCGAAGGUCUCCCUACGCGUCAUCGUAAUGCUAGAUGACCAUCCUUACGAAACUGGAUACAAGAUUUCGGAUUCAAUGGGGCGGCUUCUAGUGGACGUUGCUCCGGGAAAGUUCCGAGACGAGAAUACGACGGUCAAAGAAACAUUUUCACUGUUUCCUGGAGUCUACACUUUUGCAAUCAUUGAUAGUCACGGGGAUGGCAUUGCGAAGCAAGCUGGAGAAAUUGCCUUUGAAGUCGUGUUGAUGGAUGCCAAUGGGAUCACGGUGGUGUCGGGAGACGGCCAAUUCGAGCAACAGAAGGAAUAUGCAUUUGUCAUCGAAGGAGAGCUGGCAACUGUGCCAGUCUUGAUCACAAUGGAUGACGCAAACGGGGAUGGCGACAAACUUGAUAUUGGGUUUCAAGUAGAACGCCUGGACCUGCCCGAAGCAGACGCCGUUGUUGCUACGUUUGCUCCAGGCCAACACCUCAACUUUGACCAAGGUGUGACUGGUAGCCUCGUGCUGCAAAGUGGGGGCCUGUAUAGAUUGAGUCUUUUGGGCCACGCCAACAUCACUGGAACUGUGGAUACACGAAUGGCUAUUGGCUCCAAGGCUGGCUUGACGGACGUGGAUAUCCAUCAUCAUGAGCAGUCAAAAUUCCUGGCUCGACCAGACGGAGAGCAACUGAUAGAUAUCUCCAACGACGAGUAUCUCUCUCUAUCCAUCCCUCCGGAACUCCAUUCACACGAAAUUGACUGGGUACUGCUUGUUUUGGAUGCUGCUGAAAACCAAGGUCAGCCGCUCGCAAGGCGUGCUGUGAUUUCAUACGGGCCCGAUGUGACGUCUGCCCACGAAGACUAUCGCAACAGUAUCGAGAUGAUUCCAUUGCCGCAACUGGAUACGAAUCAGAAGCAAUCAUUCAUGUUGAUUGUUUCGCACUCUGCCGGAGAAGGAUGCUGCGUGGGUUCGGCAAAGACCGGCCUCAUUCAGCUCUUUCAAGGCCACCCCGAUGACAAGAAAGUCUUGGUUGGAACCAGUUUUGAUGGCAAGUCUCGCCUUGUGGAGAUCUUUCAUCUCUUUCCGGACGAAGAUCCUGGAAGUCGUCCAUCAGACUCCUUGGGUUCUACCACUACUGCUAGUUCUACAACCACUGCGGAAGAGGAGAGUCCAGGAGACGACUCUGACUUUUUGGGGACUGGUUUGAUCGUCAGUGUUGUCUUUGUUGUCAUGAGCUAUCUCAUUAUCCGAACGUAUCGUGGCAAGGAUACACUUCCGUCAAGUAGUGAAUCUAGCUAGGCAGAGUCUAACGUAAAUAGCAGCUAAUGAUAUUAUGCAUUGUGUAAUUGUUUGAUCCCGGUCUCGCAUGAGAUAUCCAAUGAAUGUACUUCUCGGAGUUGCUUGUUUUGCUAUGAGCUGUGCCGUUUGUUGUCCUGAUCAAGCCAUGGCGUUGCCUCCCACCAGUGCCUCCAGCCAAGCAUGAAUGCGCCGAUUGAUCAUCAUCAUUCAGAUCCAUAAUGUAGUUGUGACA